AUGCUACAUUCUGUUACAGUGGAUCCAAGGACAGCCCCCUUCUGUUACACAAUGGUGGCACUCGUGGGUCAAGAGCCUGUGGUGCAGGCUGCCACAGAGGCUAAUGCUCGUGAUUUUAUUUCCAACCUUCCUAAAGGCUACGAAACAAAUGUUGGAGAGAAGGGCACGCAGUUGUCAGGUGGACAGAAACAAAGGGUUGCCAUUGCAAGAGCUCUCAUCCGUAACCCUCCUGUUCUUAUUCUGGAUGAGGCCACUAGUGCUCUGGAUGCAGAAAGUGAACACAGUGUUCAGCAGGCUCUGAACAAUAUCAUGCGGAACCACACAGUGUUGGUGAUCACCCAUCGGCUCAGCACAGUGGAGAAGGCAGACAACAUUAUUGUAAUUGACAGGGGCCACGUCGCAGAACAGGGAUCUCACAGUCAGCUGAUGGCCAGUGGUGGACUCUACUCUACGCUGGUUCAGAAGCAGGUCCUGGGCAUGGAGACUGGGGCGGAGGUUCUCAAUUCAUCAGAAAAUGGCAACUGUAAGGCAUGA